AUGUCAACAUACAAACUUAUUUAUGGUAAUGGUCGUGGUCGUGCUGAAGUUUCUCGUUUAAUUUUUGUUGCUGCUGGUGAAAAAUUCGAAGAUGUUCGUCUUGAAAUGAGUGAAUGGCCAGUACGUAAAACUGAAAUGCCUUUAGGUCAAGUUCCCGUUCUUGAAUAUAAUGGCAUUAAAUUACCACAAUCAAUAUCUAUUGCACGUUUUCUUGGUAAACAAUUUCAAUUAGCUGGUAAAGAUAAUUUUGAACAAGCUAAAGUUGAUGCUGUUGGUGAUACAAUUGUUGAUACAUUGAAUUCAUUUUAUCCAAUACGUGGAGAAAAAGACGAAGCAAAAAAACAAGAACUUACUCAAAAAUUUCUCAAUGAUGACUUACCGAAACAUUUUAAAAAUCUUGAAACUUUAGCAAAAUUAUAUGGUGAUGGUGGUGCAUUUUUUGUUGGAAAUAAAUUAACAUGGGUCGAUUUAUUCUUUCAUGAUGCUUGCGAGAAUUUUCUUCAGAUUGAUGAAAAUAUUUUUAAGAAUUAUUUAUGGUUAAAACAAAAUCGUGAAGAAGUAGAAAAACAACCCAAAAUUGCAGAAUAUCUUAAAAAUCGACCAAAAACAGCAUAUUAA